CAAAGUCCAGCUGAGAGCUGGUCCAGUGAUUAAAGACAAAAAUGGAGAUGUUGUACUGGAGCUUCACAGAUCCUUGUUUGUUUCUUUAACAGCGUCGUGAGUGUGUGUGUGUGUGUGAGCUGCAGACAGACAUGCAGGAGUCUGUGGAGUCUCUGGUCCGACUGCUGGAGUCCUACAGAGGAAGAGAUAAAGUUAUCAGGACGGUCUGUUAUGGCUCCCAGCUUGUUGGAGGAGUUCUUUCCCGUAAGGCAGAAGCAGACGUCUCGUCCCAGCGUCUCGGAAAAAGUCUGCUGUUAUUUUCUGCUCAGCUCAGCCAAUGCAGGACGGUGCUGAGGCUGUUUGACGAUCUCUCCAUGCUGGCUUAUUCCCGCAGCUAUGGGUUUGGAGACGGGGAGGAGGACAGAGGUGUUCGUUGGAUUUCUGUGCUGACCAACGUGGCCGAUCAGCUCUAUUACCCCUGUGAACACAUCGCAUGGGCCGCCGACGCUGAGCUCAUCAAAGUGAAGUCUGAUAAAUGGUGGCUGUUGAGCACGGUGCUGUGGGGAACCUCGCUGCUGCUGGGAAUACUCAGGUCGCUUCGAGUUCUGCUGCUGCUGAAGAAGAAGCUGAAGAGAUGUGGGAGAGAUGGAGCUGGCAACAGUCACUCUCAGCUCUGCAGACAGAUGCGAGGGGAGGUUCUGUCCAUCCUCAGCAGCAUGGCUGACCUCAGUAACGCCAUUCACUGGAUGCCGCCCGGCUUCCUGUGGGCUGGUCGAUUCCCCAACUGGCUGGUGGGGCUGAUGGGCACCAUCUCAUCUCUGAUUGGUUUAAUCCAGAUGAGCACCAGCGACAGUGACCAGACAGACAGCACAUAGUCUUCACCUCACAGUGAGGAGUAGAUGAGAGGCUUAGAUCAGCACCGAACGAUUGACUUACGGUCUAUCGGUGGAAAAUGCUGAAUGAAACGAUGUGAAGCAGAUCCAGAACAUAUGAAAUCAAAACCAUCUGGACCUAUGACUGCACAGUAAGGAAAUAAAUUUAAUACACUAGUGGCCAAUCUUCAGAUGUGAAUGAAAGCUGCUUGAAAAAAUAAGUAAGCAAAACAUCUUCAAAUUCACAAGAUUUUUUUAAAUAUGUUUGGACAUUUUAGUCAGUCGUCAGACAGUGAGAGGUAGGAUUUGAUGAUGAGAUUAAUCAAUCAAAUUUUCUUUUAUUUAGCUCGUAUUUCUAAGAUAACUGCUGCAGUUUUACAAUCACACAACUGUGAAAUUCAUUGAGAAUAUAUGUGUUGUUACAUAGAUGAAAGUAUUACAUGGCAUGCAUUUUAGUAGAGUGUAGAGGUUUUCAGAGAGUAGGAUGUAGAUCCUACAUGACAAUAAAAUCCUGAUGGCAUUGUGGUUACUUGGGGGCACUUCCUGGGGUAAAUCUUCUUUGUAUUUAUCCCAUAAUGACACUGUGUGUCCUGGUUUGUCAAUAUUCAAAGUGGUCUAACAUUUCCCCCCUAUUCCUGGCUGGUCAAAAGUUGAUUUUUGCAGCAAUCACUAGGUUUAACAGAGGUUUUAAGCGCAGGAGAGACACAAAGUGACACUAAACCUCUACCUGUUCCGUCAACCCAGACGGUCACAGCACAAUUAGCUAAAAUAGGGGAUUUCAUGGCUGUGUUUUGAAAUUAAAUCUGUGUGUUGAGUUUAAGAGAUGUACGAUAAUGAGUAGAAAGGCUAGAAAAUUGUUGCCUUAGAGACACACUCCAUACAGCUGAUUUUAAAUCUUGCAUUUAUUCGUCUACAGUGAUUCAUAAACUGUGAAUUAAUUAUUAUACCUUGUUAGUAUUGUGAUGAUUGGGCUGCAAGGAUUCAUCUGAAAAGUACUGAACAUAGUAAGUGCCCUAGGUGUUGAAAUUGUCUUAACUGUUGACAUUAGCCGCAGAAAUAUCUGAAUACAUCAGGGAAUCAGUAAAAAUCAGGUAUGAGAUUUUGGAAUGAAGUUUGGUAUCCCCUAGACAUUGCUGACCACGUUUUAGAUGGAAACAGUCUGUAAUACUGGUCAAAUGGGACAGAAGAUACCCAGAAUGUAAAUGAAUAAAAAUGUAAAAU